GUCAACACUGAUAAGUCAUAUUGAUGACAAUCAUCACUUGGUGACAAUCACAUACCCUUGAUAUGAUGUGAUAAGAAGGUCAGUUGAUCUCUGUGAUCUUUCUUCCAGUCUAAUCAUCAGAAAAACAUCAGACCAAAUCCCAGUUAAGGGCAUCCUUGAAAAUACCUGACCAGUAAUUCUCAAAACUGGCAAGUUCAUUGAUAAUAACACUUAAAAACUGUCACAACUAAAAUUUGCCUCAGAAGACAUGACAACUAAAUCUAAUGUGGUAUCUUGGGGAGAAAAAUGGACCAGAAAAACCAGAAAAUAUGAACAAAGUAUAGAUUUUAGUUCAUAAUAUAUCAAUAUUGGUUCAUUGUAACAAAUGUACCCUAUUAAUGUAAGAUGCUAAUAAUAGGGAAAACAUCACAAGGUAAAUGGAAUUCUAUACCAUUUUCACAAUAAUUCUGUGAAUCUAAAACUCUAAAAUACAAUGUUUUGAGCUUUUUUCACAUCUUAGUUUUGGGAGAUUGUUAGCUUAUAAGCACAUCUUCUGUGCAUGCUUUUUCCUAGGCCUCAAAGAAAAAGGUGUAUAUGCUCUAUAACCUGCAGCCUGACCGGUCUGUGACUGGUGGAGCCUGGUACAGUGACCAGGAUUUUGAAUCUGAAUUUGUAGAGGUGCUUAACCAACAGUGUUUUAAGUUCCUACAAACCAAGGCAGAAACAGCCCGAGAAAGCAAACAGAAUCCAAUGAUACAAAGAAAUAGUUCAUUUGCUUCAUCACACGAAGUAUGGAAAUAUAUCUGUGAAUUGGGGAUCAGUAAGGUAGAGUUGUCCAUGGAGGACAUUGAAACCAUCUUGAAUACACUCAUAUAUGAUGGGAAAGUGGAGAUGACUAUCAUCGCUGCAAAGGAAGGCACAGUUGGCAGUGUAGACGGACACAUGAAACUGUACAGAGCAGUCAAUCCAAUCAUCCCACCUACGGGCUUGGUCCGGACCCCCUGUGGACUCUGCCCGGUGAGUUCAAGAGGCUUCACCUUACACUUGACUACCUCCAAGUGCAAAUGCCACAUAACGUACCAGCAAGCACACCCCAGUUCUCUGACUCUCAGGGUUGACCAAGAAUUACUCAAACCUCCAUGUAAUCUUGAUAUUUAAUGAACAAAUCAUUGCCUUAAAUAAGUGAUCUGUGUUUUCUGCUCUUAGCCCUAAAAUAGACA